AUGGGAUCAUUCCGGCAUUUCGCGUAUCAAGCGGAAGGCAAAUUUUAUAAUGGGGUCACUCAAGAUGAUAUUCACCAUGGUCCUGAUCGUAGCAUCAAUAGAAUCGAUGGCUGGUCUGAAAGAGCAAUCGCCGGCCGUGAGAUUCUGGUGGAUUACCCCUCUUGGGCCGCCGAGAAAGGUAUCCCUUACAGUGCAACAAGUACACAGCCUAUCAGUACUUUUGAUGAAACGGGUAAGGUUGGCCUGCAAAAAGCGGAACAUACCUGGCCUGGUCUCGAGCAAGGUGAAGCUAUGACUCGCUGGCUCUGGAGAAGGCAAUUCGCCGCGAUUGCGGCAGACAAUCCAGCGCUUGAAUGCAUCCCCCCGACAGAUGAUACGUGGAUGCUUCAUCCUAUCCUAUUGGCAGGCCGGGGAACCCCCAUUGGGGAGAUGUUCGAUCUUGAUGCGAUUGCAGAUUUGUGCAAGCGAAAUGAUCGUUGGUCCUUUUUCAUAACCAGUGAUUCUCUUAGAUACAAGGGAGUUAUAGCUUCGCCGCCCAAUGCGAUGGCAAUUUUCUAG